AUGAAAUUGCUCGAGCCGCCAGACUGGCGAGAAGUGCCCAUCUUCAGCGAGGCCCCAAGCCACCAAGUGGCGGUUCAGCGCUCCGGCUUAUGCAGACAUGACUCGUCAGUCUCGGCCCGUAGAACGUCAAACGGUCCACUUGGUUGUCAAAUUCAGAUGUUUGAUAUGACGAGAAGCAAACUUGGCGAGAAAUUCUCCCCAAGGUGCUUAUCUGGCGCAUUGGCUACUCUAGGAGUCCGAGAAAGAAAACGGGAGACAACGGAUGUGUCGUGCCCAACAUACGUUAUCUUCCGAUUCAAGCCUCCCAUCUACCUCGCCCUCGUCGACUGGUUUUCACAAAUGGAAGCAACAUUUCCUCAUUUUAGCUCGCUGCCAGCAGAGCUUCGAUGCAAAGUAUGGAAGUUUGCCUUACCACAGCGUACGGUCAACUUCAGGCUGAAAAUGGAUAUGGAUGCAUGGAAUUGGGCCUCGGAAUCAGAUUGGUGGGCGCAUUACGUUCUGACGGGGGAUUACCACUCAGCAGCCGCCACGCAGCCAGCCCUCCUGCUGGUAAACCACGAGGCGCGGUUUGAGUCUCGCAAGGCGUACAAGCAGCUGGCCAUCGACAAGGCGGUCCUGCAAAGGUGUCUGGCGGACGACGCAGUCGUCGACGGCAGGCUCGAGCGGAUGCGCAACUUGAACAAGACCCCGCGGCUCAACCUGGACCAUGAUAUACUCGAGUGGGCUCACGUAAAGCGGUGGAGUCGCAACAACCCCGUGAAAUGCGGAGCGCUCUUCCUUGCCGCCAGCAUGUCAGUUCAGCACGUCGUUGUGGAGUACGACCACUAUCUCCACACGUCCCUGGUCUCUCUGGCCUUUAGCGUUCUGGACGUCGAGAGUCCGCUAAGGAGCCUCACGAUCAAGGUCGCGGACGCCGUCGCGCAUAAGCAAUACACCUACCGAGUGACCUGCGUUCCCGACCAGGCGCCCAUGCUCCGCCGGGGGGAUGACGCCGAUACUUUUGUGAAGCGCCGGCAAGCGUGCAUGCUGCCUUGCUACCGACGCCCGAUCCACACGACGGAGAAACUGCAGCCGACGACCCUCGAUCGUUCUACCUUGAGCUCGUUCGCACAGCCCUUCGAGCGAGACACGAGGUUGCACACCAACUUCGCCAUAUUCCGGGUAGCUCCGGGCGACGAGGCGUCAGGCGCCAGGACGCCGGUCCCGUCGCCCGAGGUCAUGCGAAGCUGGAGAUGGGUCGAGAUGGUCGAGGAGCACGACCGCGUCCCCUUCGGCGCGAGCCUCCAGGGUGACGUGGCCCUGUUCAUGCACCGGAUCUCGCUUUUUGAGCAGUGGAGCUACAACGACGGCCGGCAACCCCGGAUCGACAUCGUUCCCUUCCACGGCGUUUGUGUGCCCCAGUACGGCCUUCCCUGA